UGAGUAACCGCGCUGCUAUUCGGCGACCGGUGAGACAAGGACAGAGUUUUGGUCGGGAUAAAAACCGCUACUACUUCUUCUUUUACUACCACUACUACGAUCAUCCAGCAGCUUUGGGAUCGCGCUGCGCGGAAGGUUACAGGAGAACACCAGGCCCGAGUUCGGUAGGGAGGUCCCGGUCCUCCAACCAGAAGAAGCGGAGACCUUUAGCGUUACACUACGACCUACCGUCUUCGGUCUACUAUUCGGGCUACCAAGUACCAACCAACCGGAGGUUUCAGUCGACGCCGCGCACCCAAACGGUCCAGACCUGUCAGCCUUUUCCUUACGCAUACGCAAAAACCAUAUCCCCAAGUCCUUUUAAUCGUGCUUCGAUUUUAAUAUUCUGUCAAAGGAUUAUAACACGUUCUUUUGUUAUCGAGAAAUUUUUUGCGAAACUUCACAUCGUGUUUGUUUGCCAUUCAUCACUAGUGCCUUUCACUUACCGCUUCUUCAGCAUUCGAAAAUUUUCGUAGCUCGCCGUGCGAUCAAAGUGCGAUCCAUCGUUGGCAAUACCGAGUCAGUGUGAUCUCACUCCCGGGAGCCAACAGCCAACCAGUCAGCGUGACAAGAAGCGAGGGAGGGGAGAUAAAGAGAGAGGAUUGCCGUGGGGCCAAGCAAGCGAGAGAAAAAGAGAGAGAGAGAGAGAAAGAGACUUUUGCCCAAAAGAGUGACUGCGAAGCCACUAAAAGAAGAGGAGAGGGAGAGACACAGUCUCGAGGCGAUAGCAAAAGAGAGAGAGAGAGAGAGAGAGAGAGAGAGAAAGCAAUAUAGUCUCAAGCAAGCAGGGAGCGGUGGGAAUUUAUAAGGAUGUUCGCGAUAAUGCCGAUGGAGACAGAGGGGCAGGGCAGGGAGUUCGGCCGGCGGCAGAAGAUGCGAGCCAAGUGCACCGUCGAGUUCGUUUGCAAGUACUGCCAGCGACGUUUCACAAAGCCCUACAACCUGAUGAUCCACGAACGCAGUCACAAGGACGACGUGACCUUCACCUGCGAGGUCUGCGGCAAAUCCUUCAAGCGGCAGGACAAUCUCAAACAACACAGAAGUAUACACUCCGUUCCCUACAAGGGCUCCAACGGCUACUCCAAUGGCUAUUCGAAUGGCUACUCUAGGUACUAGAAGCCAUCCAGCCAUUCCAACAAACUCCGUAGAUUUUUUUUUUUUUUUUGAAAAUGUAGAUUUUUAAUAUUCCUUUCCCUAUUCUUCCUUCUGUCCUCGAUGUUUCCUUCUUUCUUCGAGGUCCUCCUGAGCUUUCUCACUAGUCCAUCAAUGUUUCCAAUUUUCCUUUUUUCUUUUUGUCAUCCUCCAUAUGAAUCAUUGAUUCGACUCAUUUUCGAGUCGUGAAAUUCGAAUCAUUCGAACGAAUCAUCCGAAAGAAAGAAUCCUUGCAAAGAAUCUUUUUGCUAUGUGGAUUCCUAUUUGACUCAAUAUUUUUGAGUCAAUAUCUUUGACUCAAUAUUUUGACUCAAUAUCUUUGACUCAAUAUUUUUGAAUCAAUAUCUUUGAAUCAAUAUUUUCCAUCAGUAUGUUUCAAUCAAUAUUUUUGAAUCAAUCCUUUCUGAAUCAAUACUGUUUAAAUCAAUCCUUUCUGAAUCAAUACUUUCAGAAUCAAUCCUGUUUGAAUCAAUCUUAUUUGAAUCAAUCCUUUUUGAAUCUAUCUUGUUUGAAUCAAUCGUUUUCGAAUCAAUUCUGUAAGAUUCAAUCGUUUUCGAAUCAAUUCUGUAAGAAUCAAUCGUUUUUGAAUCAAUCCUGUUUGAAUCAAUCGUUUUUGACUAAAUCCUGUUUGACUCAAUCAUUUUCGAUUCAAUUCUGCCUGAAUCAAUCAUUUUUUAACUCAAUCCUGUUUGAAACAAAAUUUUUGAAUCCUCUGCUUUGGAUUCGGCUCUCUUGAUUCUCAGAUUGUACCUCGAAUUGAUUCACUUUUUGAGAUAAUUAUCCUAAAAUAAUUGUCAUCCUUAAAUAAUAUCCUCAUCCUUAUUCAAAUAAUUUUUGAUUCCUAAUUCAAUUUCCGUUAGUAAUUUCCUUGAAAAGAAAAAACCAAUUCACUCCGCUUCGUACCAGUUUAUAUAAAUCUAAAGCCAAGAUCCUUCUUCAACGAGUCCCGGGGAAUCAACAUAUGCAGUGAGGUUCGACGUCCAAAGGAUUAAUGCAGACAUCACAACCAUUUUGGAAAUGCGUUACGAGCAAUUAUAAUAUUCAUUUUGGAUGGAGGAAGAUUUUUUGCGAACGCUUGGAUUUGUAUCUAUGUUUUGUACUAUAUUUAUACAUAUAUAUAUAUAUAUAUAUAUUUUAUCCCAAUGUGCAAUUUUCUAUUCAUCAAAAAUUAUUCGCCCAAAAAAAAAUUAUUCUUUUUUAAAUUUUAUUUUCUUUUUUCUAUUUGAUUUCGAAAAAUAUUGAACGAAAGUUUACAACGUGAAACCUGACGAUUUUCAAUAUUGUUACAUAUGGUAAAUCGUCAGAUUUGACGUUUGUAAACUUGAGUUCAAUAAAAAAAUUGGAAUUUCCGAGAAAAAAUGAAGUGUAAUUUUAAUAAGGAAAGCAUAACUUAUUAAUUGUAAUUUAUUUUUUUCGAAAAUUAAUUAUUUAAAAUCGACUAUAUUUAUAAUAUUAUCGAAAUUGAAGGAAAAAUUGAGAGAACCGGUUGUGAAAUAUUUUUAGCUUUAUGGAAAUUUAAUUAUUAAAAUUCGAGUGACAUGGUGAAUUAAAAAUUAGUUUUUAAAUCUGUUUUUGUUGAUUUAUUUUUUUUUGUUAUUUAGUUUUUGUUUAAUUAAUUUUGGGACCUAUUAUCGCAAAGUGGACUUUGAGUUUUUUUUCAAACCCUUUCUGAAUAUUUUCUACGAGGAAAAAAUUGACUCGUUGAAGAGCCGAAGAAAUAAGUGGAUGCAGCAAAAAUAUUAUGAAAAGAAAGAAAAAUUAAUGGAUGCACUUAAAAAUUUUGAAGUUGAAGAGUUGAAGAAAUAAGUAGAUGCAGUAAAAAUAUUACAAAAAGAAAGAAAAAUUAAUGGAUGCACCUUAAAAUUUGGUUCCAGAUCAUCAAAAAUAAUGGAUGCACCUAUGUACUAUUCGUUCCAAUCUGUAAAAAUUUUCGAAUGAUGAAGAAUUACUUUUUUAAGAAGGUGAAGAGAAAAACAAAAAGGUGAAAAAUAAAAAGAAACAAAAAAAAAAAUUACGAACGAAAAUCAUUCGAAAUAGAGGUGCACCUAAAAUUUUGGUUUCAGUUUGUAUGCAAAAAAUUAUCAAAAUCAUUUAGAAAUUUUUAAAUCUUUGAUCAUGAAAUGUUUUUUCUUUAAAAAGACGAAAAAAAAACAAAUAUAAGAAAAAUAAGAAGAAGCAUUUAGAAAUUUUUGAAAGGAUAUCAAUAAAAAUAAUAGAUGCACCUAAAAUUUUGGUUCCAUUUUCUUUUCUAUAAUCAUUAUUUCGAAAUUUUUAAAAAUCUUUGAUGAAGAAAUGUUUUUUUUAAGAAGACGAGAAAAAAACAAAAAGGAUAAAAAGAAGCAUUUAGAAAUUUUUGAAAGGAUAUUAAUAAAAAUAGUAGAUGCACCUAAAAUUUUGGUUCCAGUUUCAUUUUUAAAAUCAUUAUUUAGAAAUUUUUAAAAAUCUUUGAUAAAGAAAUUUGAGAAGAUGAAAAAACACAAGAAGGAGAAAAAUAAAGAGAAGCACUCAGAAAUUUUUAAAAAGAUAUCAUUAAAAAUAGUAGAUGCACCUAAAAUUUUGGUUUCAGUUUCUUUUCUAAAAUCAUCAUUUACAAAUAUUUUGAGACAAUUAUUGAAGAGGAGAAAAAUAAAGAAGAGGAACAUGAUAAAAUGUUGUUGAAGAGAGGAAACAUGAAGAAGAGGAGAAAACUGGAGAAGAGGAGUAAAAAAUAAAGAAAAGGAGAAAAAUAAAGAAGAGAAAAAUAAGGAAGAGGAGAAAAAUAAGGAAGAAGAGAAAAAUGAGGAAGAAGAGAAAAAUAAAGAAGAGGAGAAAAAUAAGGAAGAAGAGAAAAAUAAGGAAGAGGAGAAAACUAAAGGAGAGGUGAAAGAUAAAAAAGAGAUAAAAGAUGAACAAGAGAAGAAAGGUAAACAAGAGAAAAAAAGGAAACACCAAGAACAUUGCGAAAGGAAAACGAGAUGAAACCAAAUAAUGGAUGCACCUAAAAUUUAUGAUUCUAACCAUUCGCUACAAUCAUCAUCAGCCAUCCAAAAAUUUUCAGAAAACUCUUCUUUUCUUUAAAAAAAAAAGAGAAAAAGGACCAAAAGGAGAAAAAGAGUUUAAAAAAUCACUAAAAAUUUGAAAUUAGUUGCAAAAAAAGAAGAACAAGAGAUGCACCUAUUGCUAAAUUUCUUCAUCCCUCAUACCAACUAAAUUCAAACACUAAAAACAAUUUUCAAUUGUUGAAUUCAAUUGAAAUUGACACAAAAAUCAUUACUAAGAACACGAAGAGCUUUCGAACCAAAAAAAAAAAAAAAAAAAAACUUAAAAACAAUCAACAGGAACUAAAAAAUAAAAAAAAUUUCCAAAACAAAAAACCACAAUACACAAAUAUAUAUUUAAAGGAACAAAGUCUCAAAGACUAUCUUUUUAAAGUCCCCCGAAGAAACAAGAAGAUUAAGGACGUUCUCCUCGAGGCUCAUGUCCAAAAUUGGACUACAUAAUAAUGGUCAGUUGAGAUGGUGAAGAUGCUACCAAAGUUUAGUGAUGUUAAGCUACUGGUGAACCACGCCCAAUCCCCAGGCGACGUGCUCUCUUCAACCGGAUACCCAUAACCCAUCUAUCGGAAGCUGUGAGAUCAAGUCUAAAAGCAAAAAAAUUUAAAAUAGAAGGAGGAAAUUAAUACCUCAUUAAAAGUACUAAAUAAAUUUUCCCUUUUGUUAUUAUUCUCUCCCCACCUUUUUCAGGGGGCUUAAUUUUUCUUCUCCCAUUUUUAAGGGGGAGAUUAAUUUCUUUCUCCCCUUUUUUAGGAGGAUUAAUUUUCAUUUUUCCAUUUUUAAGGGGAGAUUAAUUUUCUUCACCCCCUUUUUUAGGGGGAUUAAUUUUCUUUCCCCCCUUUUUCAGGGCGAUUAAUUUUCUUUCUCCCAUUUUUAAGGAGGAGAUAAUUUUCUUUCCCCCUAUUUUUCGGGGGGAUUAAUUUUCUUUCUCCUAUUUUUAAGGGGGAGAUUAAUUUUCUUUUCCCCAUUUUUAAGAGGGAGAUUAAUUUCCUUUCUCCCAUUUUUAAGGGGGAGAUUAAUUUUCUUUCUCCCCUUUUUUAGGGGGGAUUAAUUUUCUUUCUCCCAUUUCUAAGGGGGAGAUUAAUUUUCUUUCCCCCAUUUUUAAGAGGGAGAUUAAUUUCCUUUCUCCCAUUUUUUAGGGGGAUUAAUUUUCUUUCUCCCCUUUUUUAGGGGGAUGAAUUUUCUUUUUCCCCUUUUUUUAGGGGAAGAAUAUUUUCCUUAUUCUAUUUUUGAAAGGGAGGUUAAUUUUCUUUCUCCCCUUUUUGAGAGGAGAGGAAAGAAAAAAAGGGGGGAAAGAAGAAAAGGAAAAGAAAGCAGACGAAAAUUUUUCCAAAACCAAAAAUUCCAAAACGGGAAAAAAUUGACCUUGAAGAAUUGGAAACAUACAGAGCAUCGUCGAAAGUCACAUAUUGUCCCGUGUCUCAUUGGCUUCCAAUGGAUAAACAUGCGAGCAGAAUGUCACUUCAAUUUCGACCGGUCUCAAUAAACUGACGAGCACUAGGAUCGGCGUAGACAUCGAGCUCGAUCAAGCGGAAUGGCACAAAUAAUUAAUUGCAUUUAUAAAGCACACAAGCAAGAAAUGACCGCGCGUCCGAUCGUGUUCGCGGUGGGUCCCAGAUUAAUCUUGCGACAUUUUUUUUUUUUUUUUUUCAUUUUUUUUCUCCUCUUUUUUGAAUUCAUACGGUUCUCUCAUAUUUGACCUCUAGAUUUCGAAAAUCUGCCCCCCACUUAUCAAGGCACAAAAAAAAAAUUUUUUUUUCUUUCAACGCACUUGAAUUUUUGUACCGGUGAAUUAAUAUGCCCUCCCACUGUCAUGGAGAAAGUGAACAAGAUUCGAUAAUGCAGAACCGGUUUUUUUUUCUUAUUUAACCCUUUCUUGUUGUAUUCGAAUAGGUUCUGGAUAUCAAUGAUUCUGUUUUAUUUUUAUUUUUUUUCCCCUUUAUAUUGUGCGAUAGGAAAAAAUCCAACAAAGUGUAUUUAUGCAAUUAACAUAUAAAUAUAUAUAGAAAUGUGUAUGAAUGACAGUGAUGCAAUAUCGAUAUCGGAAAAUUGUCACAUUUCCUCUCAGUGUUUAAAAUUAUUUUCUUAAUUUUUUUAAUUAUGUUUUUUUUUUUUGAGAGAGGAAUAUUCCGCUUCUUAAAAUGGGUGGAUUUUAAUUUAUAUUCAAAUCUUCUUUAAUAAAAUUUGUUUUUCAAAAGGUUUUUUCUCACAAGUGAAUUCUAAAACUUUUUUAACAAAUUUUGAUUGUAUUUUUGUAAAAAUUUCAAUUUCU